AUGGUCUCACAUUGCAAGCUUUCAACAUCAGUCGAUUCAGUUGCGCCUUCCCAAAUAACCUCACUGACCCAUAUAGCCGUUCUACGUGGGAACAUCAGCUACAACAGUAGCGCCCGGAUCUCCAGGCUAAAAAGCAACCUUGUUUCUACACAGGGCAAGAACCCAAAUGAUAAUGAACUAGAGACACAGGGCAAGAACCCAAAUGAUAAUGAACUAGAGACACGGGGCAAGAACCCCAAUGAUAAUGUACUAGAGACACAGGGCAAGAACCCAAAUGAUACUGAACUAGAGACACAGGGCAAGAACCCAAAUGAUACUGAACUAGAGACACAGGGCAAGAACCCAAAUGAAAAUGAACUAGAGACACAGGGCAAGAACCCAAAUGAUAAUGAACUAGAGACACAGGGCAAGAACCCAAAUGAUAAUGAACUAGAGACACCGGAGACACAGGGCAAGAACCCAAAUGAUAAUGAACUAGAGACACAGGGCAAGAACGCAAAUGAUAAUGAACUAGAGACACAGGGCAAGAACGCAAAUGAUAAUGAACUAGAGACACAGGGCAAGAACCCAAAUGAUAAUGAACUAGAGACACAGGGCAAGAACACAAAUGAUAAUAAACUAGAGACACAGGGCAAGAACACAAAUGAUAAUGAACUAGAGACACAGGGCAAGAACUCAAAUGAUAAUGAACUCGAGACAAAGGGCAAGAACCAAAAUGAUAAUACGAGGGUGCCAUGA